CGGGGCGGCGCCGUCCAAUGGCCGCCGCGCUCCUUGGCCUGCAGACCUGCCAGCCGCGCCCGCGGAGGCGGAGGAGGGCGGGACCGCCGGAGCCUCCACUCGACUGGGCCGCCGCCGCCGCUGCUUCUCCGCUCUAGAACCAUUGAAACCGUACUAUGAAUGGUGAAACGAGAGCAGAGGUGGUAACUUCACCACCCCCAACAGCUCCACACAAAGAGAGAUAUUUUGACAGAGUGGAUGAAAACAAUCCCGACUACUUGAGGGAGAGGAACAUGGCCCCUGACCUUCGCCAGGAUUUCAACAUGAUGGAACAGAAAAAGAGAGUAUCCAUGAUCCUCCAGAGUCCGGCGUUUUGUGAAGAGUUGGAAUCCAUGAUCCAGGAACAGUUCAAGAAAGGGAAGAAUCCUACAGGCCUACUGGCUCUCCAACAGAUUGCAGACUUCAUGACGGCCAACGUUCCCAACAUCUUCCCACCAGCUCCUCAAGGAGGCAUGACUGCCUUAAAUAUGAGCCUUGGUAUGGUGACGCCCGUGAAUGAUCUGCGGGGAUCGGAUUCCAUCGCUUACGAGAAAGGGGAGAAAUUGUUGCGCUGCAAGCUGGCUGCGUUCUACAGGCUGGCCGACCUCUUUGGCUGGUCCCAGCUCAUUUACAAUCACAUCACCGUCAGAGUAAACGUGGAGCAAGGACAUUUUCUGAUUGUGCCUUUUGGACUUCUCUAUAGUGAAGUUACUGCAUCCAGCUUGGUUAAAGUGAAUUUCCAAGGCGACGUCAUUGAUCGUGGAAGCACUAACCUGGGGAUUAAUCCGGCUGGUUUCACGUUGCACUCGGCCAUCUACGCCGCCCGCCCGGACGUCAAGUGCAUUGUUCACAUCCACACUCCCGCAGGAGCAGCAGUGUCGGCGAUGAAACACGGUCUCUUGCCCAUCUCACCGGAGGCCCUGUCUCUCGGAGAGGUGGCCUACCACGAUUACCACGGCAUUCUUGUGAACGAGGAGGAGAAGGUCCUGAUUCAGAAGAACCUGGGCCCCAAAAGCAAAGUCCUCAUACUCAGAAACCACGGCUUGGUCUCCAUUGGAGAAAGUGUGGAGGAGGCGUUUUACUAUAUCCACAAUUUGGUUAUUGCCUGUGAGAUCCAAGUUCGGACCCUGGCCAGUGCAGGGGGGGCAGACAAUUUAGUGCUCUUGGAUCCCAGCAAAUACAAAGCCAGGCCUCACUGCCAUGAGUCUGCAGCGGGGGAGGGGGCAGCCCCACACCCCAAAUGGCAAACUGGAGAACAAGAGUUUGAAGCCCUCAUGCGAAUGCUUGACAAUUUGGGUUACAGGACUGGCUACCCCUACCGAUGCCCUGCUCUGAGGGAGAAGACUAAAAAGUUCACUGAGGCGGAGAUUCCCGCUGCCGUCACCGGCUACUCUUUUGCUAGUGACGGGGACUCAGGCACUUGCUCUCCUCUGAGGCAUAGCUUUCAGAGACAGCAGCGAGAGAAGGCACGGUGGCUAAAUGCCAGCCGAGGGGAUGACCCAGCCGAAGAAGGGCCGGAUGGCGGCAGCCCCAAGUCGAAGACUAAGGUGUGGACGAACAUUACACACGAUCACGUGAAACCCUUGCUGCAGUCUCUCUCGUCCGGUGUCUGCGUGCCAAGCUGUAUUACCAACUGCUUGUGGACUAAAGAGGAGGGUCACCGGACUGCCUCAUCUGCUCCCCCAAACCUCUUUGUUCCCUUGAACACGAACCCCAAGGAGGUCCAAGAAAUGCGGAACAAGAUCAGGGAGCAGAACUUGCAAGACAUUAAAACGGCCGGUCCACAGUCUCAAGUCCUUUCCGGCGUUGUCAUGGACAGGAGCCUCGUGCAGGGGGAGCUGGUGACCGCCUCCAAGGCCAUCAUUGAGAAGGAAUACCAGCCCCGCGUCAUCAUCAGCACGACUGGACCCAACCCUUUCCACAAACUCACGGACCGAGAACUGGAGGAGUAUCGCCAAGAAGUCGAAAGGAAGCAGAGGCAAUCGGAAGAAGAUGGUGAAGACGGCAGACAGCAGGGAGAUAGGAGCUCUCCGGAAGAAACGGUCGCUUCCACCCCACCCAGCACUCCGGUCAAACUUGAGGAAGAACGGCCGGCGGGCCAGGCGGGCCACGAAGGCAGCAGCGAAGCCGCCCCUUCCCAGCCAAGCCUCCCAGACCUCACCGCUCCCAACCAGCCUUCAGAAGAAGUCUUCGGAACGGAGGAUGACGACCCCGACCCAGAGCUUGCUGCCCCCCAGAAGGAAGGCCCUCCCGAGAGCCCUCAGCCCUGCCCUUCCCCGAGCGGAGAGCCCCCUGCGUCUCCCCCGGCCGAGGAUGGGGCAGCGGCCGAAGCCGGCAGCGAGGAGUCUCCGGGGAAGUCGCCCUCCAAGAAGAAGAAGAAGUUUCGCACCCCGUCCUUCCUCAAGAAGAGCAAGAAGAAGAGCGAGCCCUGAAGUUUCCCCCCCGUCCCUCCCUCCCUCCUCCCCAAAGGGAGGGUUUGGUCUUUGCGCAUCUCCCCCUUCUUUAUUAAUCCCCCCCCCCGAAUUAUAUCAGAUUCUGCCUUGUGCUUUCGUUUGGUCUUUCUUGUUAAAAAAAAAAAAGCAGGACAAACAACACUAGAGCUUGACCGAUUUGAGUUUAUAACUGGAAUUUAGCAAGCAGAAGAUGCCGAUUUUUGUGUGCGCGGAAGAAAAGCAACAAACAAGCAGCCGAGCGGGGAACAUCCCGAGCAUGUGAAGGAGUGGGUUUCCUGGUGGGAGCCACUUCGUGAAAACAGUUUGAAGUCCCUCUCUCCCUCUCUCGGCUUUCUAUGUGAAGGCGACGCGCCCUGCUCACUCCUCCCAAGUCUGCUCUCUGGUGCAGGUGGCUUUGUGUCCAGCCGUCCAGCAGAGCCCAUUUCUGUGCAAUUGGGGGGGGACCCUCAUGACCGCUUCCUCCGCUUUGCCCUGCACCACCCCCCCCCCCGAGGCUUUACGGCCGCUCUCUGCCUUGCUUGGUGUCGUAACAUCGCUGAGACUGGAGCCUAUUUUUGUGUCUUAAGGAUGAAGUUAACUUGUGGCGUUUUUCUUGCUCAUCCCGCCCUCCCGCCUGUUUUCUAAUUCAGUUUAAUAAUCGCCUCUUUUUUUCCCACAGAAUAAUCCGCUAUUUUACUAAUUUGUUUUCUAGCAAAGCAUUGUACUCCGUCACACUUAUACCGAUGAAAGAUAAGUUCACGUCCUUGGAAAUAAAAUGUAUUCCUAGCAGGCA